UGCGUGUGCGCGCGCGCGCGAGGGGCCGGAAGCGGGGCUGGUAUCCCGGCGGCCGCGGGCCAUGGAGGGUCGGGACUGCGGGCCGCCGAGCGAGGAGCCGGCGGAGGAGGCCGAGUUCCAGGGCGCCGGCUGGAGCGGGGACAGCGGCACCGUGUCCCAGAGCCACAGCAGCGCCUCGGGGCCGUGGGAGGACGAGGGCCCGGAGCUGGGCGCGCCGGGCCGCGACCUGCCGCUGCUGCGCCGCGCCGCCGCGGGCUACGCCGCCUGCCUGCUGCCCGGAGCCGGGGCGCGGCCCGAGGUCGAGGCCCUGGACGCGAGCCUGGAGGACCUGCUCACCCGGGUGGACGAGUUCGUGGGCAUGCUGGACAUGCUGCGCGGCGACUCCUCCCACGUGGUCAGCGAGGGCGUGCCUCGCAUUCACGCGAAGGCCACCGAGAUGCGGCAGGUGUACAGCAAGAUCGACAGACUCGAGGCCUUCGUCAGGAUGAUCGGCGCCAGCGUGGCCAGGAUGGAGGAGCAGGUGGCCAGGGCGGAGGCCGAGCUGGGCGCUUUCCCCAGUACGUUCAGGAAGCUGCUGCACACGAUUAACGUGCCCUCCUUCUUCCACAAGGCGCCCUCCAGCAGGCCCCAGCACACCGGCUACGAACCCCCCGUCCUGUUUCGGACCGAGGACCACUUUCCCUGCUGCAGCGAGAGACCUCAGGUCUGAGUCUGCCGGACGACGCUGCGAGAGGACGCUGAGAUUAUCUCGAGUGUUAAUAAAUCACUUGAAAAUCCUGUCACUAGACAGACGUGAUGCUGGAGUAUGGAAUUUUAAAGUUUCUUUUUUGCACACUCUUUGUCACUACUUGCAUUAUUUCACGUAGGAUGCGUGAUUUUCUGUCUCUUCCAGUUCUAACCUGGAAGCUGCUUGCGGGGGUGGGAAUCGGGGAGGCAAAAUGAAUGAACCUAACUGCGCUGUGGCAGAACUGUUAUUUUUACGGCUUUUACAGGUCAAUUACCUUUUCAAGCUUUAUAUAUUUCUAUACUCUUAAGAAAAACUACUGAGCCCUUCAAGCGUUGUUACUAUGCUGUCCUAAUAGUGAUUCAGUUUUCUAUUGUUUAUUUUUAGGGUAGAAGGAAAAUUCUUUAACAUCAUAUUAAACUUUCCAUAUCAUCGAUUGUAAACCAAAGGCAAUUAUACAUCUGAGAAAACGUAUUGGUUUAUUGCAACUAAUUCUGAAGCUGUAUUUGAAAGUACGAGCUCACAAUCUUAAUUUGUCCAUAGCAAACAUAUCUAUGUAUAUAUGGGUGCCAACAUUUGGUUUAAAUUUUAAGGAUUAAUAAAAAAUUUAAAUUUUA